AUGACAACUCUGCACGAGCCGAUAGCCAUAAUCGGCUCGGCAUGCCGGUUCCCAGGACAGUCCCAGACGCCUACAAAACUGUGGGAGUUACUGCAGCACCCCCGAGACGUCCUGAAGGAAUUCGAUCCAGAGCAACUGAGCCUGCAGCGCUUCUUCCACGAGAAUGGAGAGACCCACGGCUCAACGGACGUCACCAACAAGUCCUACCUCCUAGACGAAGACAUCGGUUUCUUCGACGCCUCCUUCUUCGGCAUCAGCCCCGUCGAGGCAGCCAGCAUGGAUCCCCAGCAGCGAAUCCUACUUGAGACCGUCUACGAAGCACUCGAAGCCGCCGGUCUUACCCUCCCCCAAAUAAAGGGCUCCCAAACAGGCGUCUACGUCGGAUCCAUGACAGACGACUGGUCCGCGAUCCAGCGCAGAGACAUGGAAACCGUCACCACAUACGCCGCAACCGGCACAGCAAGCAGCAUCCUCUCGAACCGAAUAUCGCACGCAUUCGACCUCCACGGGCCCUCCGAAACCAUCGACACCGCCUGCUCCAGCUCCCUCGUAGCCCUGCACCACGCAGCCACCGCCCUCCGCAUCGGAGACUGCGACACGGCCCUCGUCGCGGCCGCCAAUCUAAUCCUAGACCCGAGCCGGUACAUCCUCGAGUCCAAGCUGCAUAUGCUCUCGCCAGACGCGCGGUGCCGGAUGUGGGAUGUAGGUGCGAACGGGUAUGCGCGUGGGGAGGGCGCUGCAGCGUUAAUACUUAAACCGCUCAGCCGCGCGCUCAGGGACGGGGAUCACGUCGAUGCGCUGAUUAGGGGUACGGGUGUGAAUUCUGGUGGUCAGACUGCGGCGGGAAUUACGGUGCCUUCGGCGAUAAGCCAGAGGGAUCUGAUCCGGAGCACGUAUCGUCGUGCGGGACUGGAUCCGGUGAGGGAUGCGCCGCAGUUUGUGGAGUGUCAUGGCACUGGGACGCCUGUUGGGGAUCCUGUCGAGGCGCGGGCUCUCAGCGAGGCAUUCAUUGCUUCUACUGUGCCAGGAAGGUCAAAGGUAAUCCACGUCGGGUCUAUAAAAACCGUCAUCGGGCAUCUAGAGGGCUGUGCGGGAUUAGCGGGUGUGCUCAAGGCUAUACUGGCUAUCAAGCACAAGACCAUCCCUCCAAACCUCCUCUUCAACAAACUCAACCCAGAGAUUGAACCGUAUUACGGUCCGUUACAGAUCACAAAAGUCCCGCUCGCAUGGCCAGAGCAGCCCGCAGGUACACCGAUGCGAGCGAGCGUGAAUAGUUUCGGAUUCGGGGGGACCAACGCCCAUGCUAUCAUCGAGGGCUUCGCAGAAGAGAGUAACAUUACAAACGAACAUGUUCCUGUUCCGGAGGACGAGUUGACUCCCGCGAGCCCGUUAUUGCUAUUCUUCUCAGCCCGGUCUGCCUCGUCGUUGCUGCGUUCCAUCAAGGCAUAUAUACAGCAUCUGCGGCAUAAUCCUCGCAUAAAUCUCCGCGAUCUCAGCUGGAUUCUUUACUCGCGCCGCUCUGUGCAUCGCAUGCGAGCUUCCUUUUCUGGAGUAUCACGAGAGACUCUCUUGGAACAUAUGGAAAGCUAUGUCUUGCGCUGUGAGGCUGGAUACGAACCACGGCUGGUAAACCGGGCAAGUCCUAGCCCUAAAGCCCUAGGGGUAUUCACAGGCCAAGGCGCACAAUGGCCAGCUAUGGGGCGUGAACUAUUCCUCCACUCCCAUCUUUUCCGUCAGAGUAUCGAAGCCUGCGAAGCAGUGUUACAAGCUUUACCAGAGCAUAUCCCGAGUUGGUCACUAGUGGAUGAACUGACGAGUACCAGCACCAGCUCAUCGCGGAUUGCUUUGGCCGCUAUUUCGCAGCCUCUAUGCACAGCAGUGCAAAUCAGCCUGGUUAAUCUCUUAACUACCGCAGGGAUCAAAUUCGAUCAUGUUGUCGGGCACUCCUCUGGUGAAAUCGCCGCUGCGUAUGCCAGUGGCAUUAUCACGCUUGAAGCGGCAAUGCAGAUGGCCUACUACCGCGGCUUCCACGCAAGUCUUGCACAGGGUCGAAACGGUGAAAAGGGAGGGAUGAUCGCGGUGGGACUAUCCUAUGAUGAUGCAUUGGAGUUCUGCACGCGUUUUGAAUUCGAAGACCGUAUCCAGGUCGCGGCUGUUAAUGCACCGCAGAGUGUGACUAUUUCUGGCGAUCUUGAAACCAUACUACAAGCUAAGGAAAGACUCAAGCAGGAUGGUGUGUUUGUGAAACAACUCAAGGUUGAUACGGCUUAUCAUUCGCAUCAUAUGCGGCCCUGUGAGCAGGCGUACUUGGAUUCGUUGCUGGCGUGUGAUAUACAAGUACAGCUCCAUGAUAGAAAGUCUCCGAUAUGGCAUUCCAGUGUACACGGCGAUACACUACUAGAACAAGAUGACCUGAGCGCGCUUUCCGGACCGUACUGGGUAUCCAACAUGAUCCAGCCCGUGCUCUUCUCUCGCGCUAUCGUGUCCGCCAUACAGCAUGGAGGACCCUUCGACUUGGUCGUUGAAGUUGGGCCCCAUCCCGCGCUCAAAGGGCCGACGGAGCAGGUCUUCAAAGAAUUAGGUGCUGUUCCUUAUUACACUGGGACAUUGAAGCGUGGGGAGAACGACAUCGAGGCGUUGAGUGCUACUGUCGCGGGUAUAUGGAUGCAGCUAGGCCCUGAAUCCAUAGACCUGAAUGGAUUCCACAGGGCAUUUUCUGUUGAUCGUAACCUGCAGGAGUAUACAUCUGCCACUCCCGCGCUUAUAAAAGAUCUACCGACUUAUUCCUGGGACCAUGACCGGGUCUUCUGGCGGGAGUCGCGCAUGUCUCGCCGAUUCCGCACAGACAGAGACAGACCACAUGAACUACUAGGCCGGCGCACACCAGACGAUAACAACCGGGAACUUCGCUGGCGGAAUGUUCUCAGACGGAACGAAUUGUCCUGGCUUAGUGGGCACGAGGUCCUGGGCGAUAUUUUGCUCCCCGGGGCAGCGUAUGUGUCUAUUGCGCUUGAGGCAGGCCGGUAUCUUGCGGGCAUGCAGAAGAGGAGAUGUCUUGAGCGGCUUGAGGUUGAGAAGGUGAGGAUUCUGCGGCCGGUGGUUGUACCGGAUGAUAAGGCUGGGGUUGAGACGCUUUUCACUGUUUGCGUAGAGGAAUCUGCGUCUGCAUCAGAAGGCGAUGUUCAGAUCAUCACAGCCCAGUUCUCGUACUACGUCUGUCCUGACGAGACAUCUGGGUCCAUGAUACACACCUGCAGCGGUAACCUCACUAUCCAUCUCCGCCGGAUAUCCGAUAUCAACGCUGCUCAGAACUACAACGUCCUCCCUCCAAAAGAGCCCCCUCCUACAGAUCUAACCCCCAUCACCACCUCCGACAUCUACUCCAUGUUCCACCGCAUCGGCCUUACAUACUCCGGUAUCUUCCGCACCAUCGACACCUGCCAGCGGUGUCUAAACUUCUCCACCGCCACCGCAGUCUGGCCUGGCGGUGCACUAGGCCGUCGUGAUGAGUACCUGGUCCACCCGGCCCUCCUUGACGUUGCAUUCCAAGCACUAUUCCUCGCGCGAACGCAUCCAAAUACAGGCCAUGUCUCGGCUGCUCUGCUACCAUCGUAUAUAGAGCGUGUUCGCGUUGCUGGACCUAGGGCAGAACAAGCCGGACUUGGAACGGGACCUGGAGACAUCCGCGCAGAAUUCGAAACAUGGAUCAUCCAGCAGACUGCAGAAACAGUAACAGGGGAUAUCAACAUCUACGAUCCAGCAGCAGAGAGCCGCCGAGUUCUCCAGCUCGAGGGGUUAGAGGUCCGGAUGGUUGGGGAGCUUGAUGUCUCGGCUGACAGGCCCAUAUUCUCCAAAACGGUUUGGGGGUCUGAUAUUGCACGCAGGAUUGAGAUUGCUGAGUUGGUUCAUGAAUAUGAUACUGUUCGAGACGGGCAGCUGUUACGCUUGAGUGCAGCUGCUGAGCGUAUGGCGCUGUUCUAUGCUAAACAGGUAGUGAACGAAGUUGAGGGUUUUGAUAAUCGGGAAAAGAUGUCGUGGUAUCAUCAUCGCAUGCUCGAGGCAUUAGAUACGCACCUGGAGCUUACGCGAAAAGGUCAGCAUCGGAUCAUGAGGCGGGAGUGGUUAGAAGAUACACAGGCAACGAUGGAUGCGCUGGACGCGGAGAAUCCGGAUGAAGUAGAGCUGGAGAUCCUGAAGGCUUCCGGGGAGAAUCUUGCAAGAGUAGUCCGGGGGGAGAUGCACAUGCUGGAAGUUCUCAAGGAGAAUGACCUGCUGGGUCGGUAUUAUAUGCGCGAUGGCGGCUUCAUCAGGGUUAAUCAGUGUCUUGCCCGUGCGAUGCAGCACAUCUCGUUUAAAUUCCCGCGUUGCAAUAUUCUGGAGAUUGGGGCUGGGACUGGUGCUACGACCUGGAGUGUCCUGGACGCCAUCAAGUCCGCAUACGAGAUGUACACGUACACAGACAUCUCCGCUGGCUUUUUCUCCAGCGCAAGGGAAAAGUUCACAGACUCACUCGAUCAAAUGAUAUUUAAAGUCCUCGACAUUGAAAAAGAUCCAUCAACCCAGGGCUUCGCACCGCACUCAUACGAUGUGAUCAUCGCAGCCAAUGUCAUCCACGCCACCCGUAAUCUGGAAAACACACUGCGGAAUAUUCGAUCGUUGCUCCGGCCUGGGGGAUACUUCCUUCUGUUUGAAGUCACAAAUACGCAGUCUCUUCGGAUUCUGGUUAGUUUCGGUGGCUUGAGUGGGCUGUGGCUGGGAGAGGAGGAGAAUCGUCGACUGAGUCCGACAGUCUCAUGCACAGACUGGGAUAGACUCUUGGGACAGACGGGAUUCUCGGGUGCUGAUACUGUCGUUCAUGACGUUGCUGACGAGGACAAACAUACCCUGUCUUUGAUUGUUAGCCAGGCAGUGGACCGGGCAUUUCUUCGCUUGCGAGAUCCGUUGGCUACUGCAGCCGAGUUUGACCUUUCUCUAGGACCUGUGUUAUUGAUAGGAGGGCAGAAGUCGACAACGUCAAUUGCUAGCCAGAUUCAAGAGAUUCUUCCUGAAUCGUGGCAUCGGGAAUUGCACGUCAUUCCCAGCCUUGAUGGGCUUGAUCCAGCUCAACUGCAACCAAACAUGGAGAUAAUCUGUCUGCACGAGCUAGACGAGCCACUCUUCACAGGGAUGACAUCACGACGGCUAAACAUGCUGCAAAAUAUGCUAACAAACGCCCGUGUACUACUCUGGGUGAAGCCCGCAGACCAGACGCAGACCCCUCGAGCUGCCAUGUUCCCAGGUAUUGCACGCGUUCUUGAAGAUGAGAUACCGCAGCUGCGAACACAGGUUGUUAGUCUUGAGACGGGUGUAGAUGGCUCCGUGGCAGCUCGAUUCUUAGUUGAGGGUCUCCUGCGACUGCAUGAGCUGAGUGAGCAUGACCGCGUAGCGCAGAGCGAUAGGGACGUAUACCAGCAGGUAUGGAAACAGGAGCCUGAAGUUACGCUGCGUACCACUGGUCAAGUCCUGAUUCCACGGGUCGUUAUGGAUAAUGACCUGAACGAGGUGUAUAUUGCGUCAACGCGCGCAGUGACAAAGCUGGUGGAUUCAGCAGAUACUAUCAAGGCAGUGCCUGGGGCGUCCAAGAUGAUGCUGCAAGUUGACACUGACAGGACCACGACUGCCUGUACUAUUUCUGUUAAGUAUGUGGUGCAUAUGCCAGAUAACCAAGGUGAUGGACUGUACCUUGUUUAUGGGACUCAGGAUGGGUCGACAUCUGUGAUUGGCAUCUCGAAAUACAACUCCUCGGUGGUGCAGUUAGGGCUGGCUGAUAUAUUCACUGUCGACAACGAUACAGCUGUGAGCACCAUCAAAGCAACCACGAACUGCUUACUCUCUCGAGCCCUAUCCAUGAUUGCAGGGCCCGGAGCGAGAGUCCUUGUGUACGAGCCACCGUCAGAAUCAAUUGCUUCUCUGGUUACCACUGAUUUGAUGCACGCUGGAGCACGAGUUCAUUUCGUGACAUCGGGUCUCAAUGGACCGGUCGAUUGGAUCAGGGCCCACCCUCUGGCAUCGAAACGUGAAAUUGAGCGUCUCAUACCUACAGAUAUCACGCUGUACGUGGACUGCUUGACAGAUGGUUUGGCGAGCCAGACCAUUCAAUCGUGUCUUCCACCUAAUUGCACACGGUGCCAUUUUGACAGUCACCUUCUGAAGCAGGUCAUCAAAGAUGGAGUAAAUAUUCCAAUAUUACUCGGGGACGCAUAUAGGGCUGCAAAGGGUGUUGCACGAGACGAAAGCGAUAUCGUCCCAGCAUCUCAGUUAGCAGGCACAGACCUUAGCCUGCUCAACAGACAAUAUGUGACUGACUGGCAGCGGAAGUCUGAGCUCCUCAAAGUCACAGUUCCGCCUCUUUCGAUGAAGAACCUCUUCCAUCCUGACCGGACAUAUUUCAUGGUAGGAGCCGCAGGGGGCUUGGGACUCUCGAUCUGCCGCUGGAUGCUCCGUAACGGCGCCAAGUUUAUAGUAAUCGCCAGUCGAGACCCUCAAAUAAACACUUCCCUCCUUGAGGAUGCCCAUCGCCAAGGAGCCAGGGUAGAAGUCGUCGCCAUGGACGUGACCAACAAAGAGUCAGUAGAGGAGGUUGUCCACAAGAUCCAACAGACAAUGCCACCAGUCGCCGGCGUCUGCAACGCAGCGAUGGUCCUCUCAGACUCCCUAUUCCUAGACAUGGACGCAGCCCAACUAAACAAGACCCUCGCCCCCAAAGUCGACGGCUCCGAGCACCUCGACGCCGUGUUCAGGGACUCAGAUCCGAACCUCGACUUCUUCAUCCUGCUCUCAUCCGCCGCUGCAGUCGUCGGCAACGCAGGACAGUCGAACUACAACUGCGCCAAUCUCUACAUGGAAGCACUCGUGGACCAGCGCCGUGCCCGCGGCGCCCCAGCCUCUAUCAUCCAUAUUGGAUAUGUGAGUGAUGUGGGCUAUGUAUCGCGCAAUUCCAGCCGCCAGAUGCAGCGGCAGUUCAGUAAAUUGCGGUCGAUGCCUUUGUCCGAGAUAGACGUGCAUCAUGCAUUUGCUCAGGCAAUUCGAGGGGGGAGACCGAGUACUGGUCUAUCUCACAAUAUCAUUAUGGGCGUCCAGCCUCCUACUGUUCCUCUGGUCCCGAAUCAGCCAGUCGUGUGGUUGGGGAACCCACGCUUUGGACAUUUCGUGCCUUAUAAUAAAGUAGGAAAUAAGCAGCAGCUGAAGCCAGGAAAACUAGGAGACGUCCGAAAGCUGGUAAUAGAGGCACAGAGCGAAGAGGAUGCCGUGGCGGUUACUGUCGCGGCUUUUUCUACCAAGCUGGAGUCCAUAUUACAGUUGCCACCGGGGUCUGUUGUAGAAAAUCAAAAACAGCCGCUCGUCGAGCUGGGCAUUGACUCUCUUGUCGCGGUGGAGAUACGGACGUGGUUUGUGCGAGAGUUGGGCGCUGAAGUUCCUGUCGUGAAGAUUCUGGGGGGAGACUCGGCCUUGCAGCUCUGUCGGAUUGCUGUGCGGAGCGUAAGGAAACAGAUAGUUGAAGUGAAGGUAGAGUAG